AAAUUUAUGUAAGUCCAAAGUACACAAAUACUUUUUAAUAACGAUAAAAAUAAUUAAAUUAUGGAUGAUUGUAAUGAACUCGACGAAUCUUUAGAAAUCGCUUCGAAAACGUGGAGUCGUGUAACAGAGACUGCCAAUACCACUGGUUUCAGAGAAGGUAUUGACGUAGGAUCAGAGUUAGUUCUUCAAGAGGAUUUUGAUAGAGGUUAUACUGAUGGAUUUAAAACAGCUUAUGUUCUUGGAAAGUACAAAGGUCUUGCUAAUUCACUGUUCAAAGACAUUAAACAUCCGAAAGAAAUAAAUGACAUCCUGGAAAAAACACGAAGAGGAGCGUGUUAUAUAUGCGAAGCUCAAUAUUCGGGGGUUAUUACAGACCAGGAAGUAAUUCUGACAAAACAUGAAGCGCAUGUAUCAAAAACAUGUGAAAUUUUACGAUCAUACUUUGAGCCUUUAUUAAAAAAUUUAGGAAUUGAUAUCAAUGAUUUAGAAUUAAAAAUAAUGUAAAUAUUUUAAUUACUUUAAGUUAUUGAUUGGUAUAAAACUAGAUAAUGGAUACAGUAAACAUAAAAUAAAAAAUAAUCUUACGGGACGAAAUCCGCAAGGAGUUUUCAUGUCCUAGGGUGGGAAUUAGGUAUGGAAUUGCUCCAUAGACGACUUCAUUUGCAUUAAUAGUUUUGUCAACUUUCCCAUCAUAAAACAAAGAAUCUAAAAUAGAUAUCAUCUCUUCUUGAUUUAAUUGUACCUAAGAAAUUAAUCAUUUAAAUAGUUAAUUUAAUUAUGAUGUUAAAAUCGGUGUGCCGUCAACUGAUCCCAACAAUUUUAUACCACAACAAGUGAUCCCACCGACAUCUGAUCCCAUCAACAAUUGAUCAUCAAUUGAUUUUUAUCAACAACUAAUUUACAUAAUUUAAGAUUUUAUAUUUACAACAGUGAAUUUUAAUUACUCAUGUCAUAGUAAUUAAUUAAUAAUUAAUUAUUUUAUGAAUUUGUCAGUGAGAUCGGUUGUUUGUGGGAUCCAUUGUCGGGGAUUAGUUGUCAUGGAACUGUUAAAAUCAGUCAACGUCUAAUAAUUUUUGGAUUUUUUUCAAAACGAUAAAUUAUCACGAAGAGGAGCGUGUUAUAU